ACACAAGCGAUCGAUGAGCGGUCGGUGAUUAUUGGUUUUUACUAUUAAAUCUCUAAAUUUAGGCCAAUUAUGUUGACAAAUUAUCCAACCGUUGCAUCUUUUGAAGGCACCUACUGAUCGAACAUUACUAAAAAAAAUAGUUGCUGUAGUUGGUCAUCUAAAAAAUAUACGAUCCAUGUUACAAGUUACACGCGAAUACGUUUUUCGUUUCUUUGAUUUUUAGUUUUCUAUCUUCAAUCAUAGGUUGACGUGUUAUUGGAAGUUGACGAUUUUAUGAAAGUUAAAACGUCAGAAUUCAAAGCACCCAGUGCUAAUUAUUCAAUACCAAGAAUGGGAGAUUGAGGCACCGAACACCAAAACAAAGGUGUCCAACGUAUAUCAUUUUGAGAGCUGUGGCGUAUAAGAGUAAUUCAAAAGAAACCAACUAUUACCUCUGAGAUGUCAUCGAAGAGAAAAAGCGACACGCAAGUGCCGGCCGAGGAAAGCGACCUGUUGUCAAUCCGUCCACUUGGUGCCGGUCAAGAGGUCGGUAGAUCAUGUAUUAUGUUAGAAUUCAAGGGCAAGAGGAUUAUGUUGGAUUGCGGUAUACAUCCUGGUCUAUCAGGGAUGGAUGCUCUUCCUUUUGUCGAUCUGGUCGAAGCAGAUGAAAUCGAUUUGCUGUUAAUAUCGCACUUUCAUCUAGACCACUGCGGAGCUCUGCCCUGGUUUUUGCAGAAAACUAGCUUUAAGGGUCGCUGCUUCAUGACUCAUGCUACCAAAGCUAUAUAUCGGUGGUUGUUGUCUGAUUAUAUUAAAGUUAGCAACAUAGCCACAGAGCAGAUGCUCUAUACAGAGUCUGACCUGGAGACUAGCAUGGACAAAAUAGAGACAAUCAAUUUUCAUGAGGAGAAGGAUGUAUUUGGCAUCAAAUUCUGGGCCUAUAAUGCGGGUCAUGUACUAGGUGCUGCUAUGUUCAUGAUAGAGAUUGCUGGUGUGAAAAUUCUAUAUACCGGAGACUUCAGCCGGCAAGAAGACAGACAUCUCAUGGCAGCUGAGAUACCGAACAUUCAUCCCGAUGUACUGAUCACCGAGUCUACUUACGGUACUCACAUACAUGAGAAGAGGGAAGACCGGGAAGGCAGAUUCACAAAUCUUGUACAUGAAAUCGUAAAUAGAGGUGGCAGAUGCCUGAUACCAGUGUUUGCUCUGGGAAGAGCACAGGAACUUCUUCUCAUUCUGGAUGAGUACUGGAGUCAACACUCCGAAUUGCAUGAAAUUCCAAUCUACUACGCCUCUUCCUUGGCGAAGAAGUGCAUGGCAGUUUACCAGACAUACGUAAACGCAAUGAAUGACAAGAUCAGACGGCAAAUAGCCAUAAACAAUCCCUUCGUGUUCAAGCACAUAUCCAACUUGAAGGGAAUAGAUCACUUCGAGGACAUCGGGCCGUGUGUGGUGAUGGCCUCACCUGGUAUGAUGCAGAGUGGCCUGUCGAGGGAGUUGUUCGAGUCCUGGUGCACCGAUGCGAAGAAUGGUGUAAUAAUAGCAGGCUAUUGUGUAGAGGGUACAUUGGCCAAGACCAUUUUGUCAGAGCCCGAGGAAAUCACGACCAUGUCCGGGCAGAAAUUGCCGUUGAAGAUGUCCGUUGACUACAUAUCGUUCUCGGCGCACACCGACUAUCAACAGACGUCGGAAUUCAUACGGACGUUGAAACCACCGCAUGUGGUGCUGGUUCACGGCGAGCAGAACGAGAUGGGCCGGUUGAAAGCGGCUCUUCAGCGAGAGUAUGAGGAUGAUCCCAACACUAGCAUGGAGAUACACAACCCGAGGAACACGGUCGCGGUGGAACUUUACUUUCGGGGCGAGAAGACCGCCAAGGUGAUGGGCACGUUAGCGAUGGAGACGCCGAAACCUGGGCAGAAAUUGUCCGGCGUUCUGGUUAAACGGAAUUUCAAUUAUCACAUGCUGGCACCAUGCGAUUUGUCCAAGUAUACUGACAUGAGCAUGAGCCAAGUGAUACAAAGGCAGAGUGUGUAUUUCUCCGCCUCGUUGCCGGUGUUGAAACACUUGCUGACGCAGAUAGCUGGCAACCUUGAGGUCGUGGACGACAAGAAGCUGCGGGUGUUCAAAAACGUGGACGUUACUAUCGACGGUAAGAUCGUGACGAUGGAGUGGAUAGCGACGCCUGUGAACGAUAUGUACGCGGACUCGGUUCUCACCGCGAUUCUGCAGGCCGAAAUAAUGGACCAGUCGCCGAAGAUGCUGCCUGCACCCACCAAGAUGGACAGAAUGCACUUCAAGGAGUGUUUAAUCGAGAUGCUGCAGGAGAUGUUCGGCGAGGAUUCCGUCCCCAAGAUAUUCAAAGGCGAGAAACUAUAUGUCACAGUGGAUGGUAAGAAAGCACACAUCGAUCUUUUAAACUUGGAGGUCACCAGCAAAGAGGACGAGACCUUCCAGCAGAUCGUGCAAACGGCUGUAACGAAAUUGCAUCAAUCGUUAGCACCGCCUUGUGAUGUAAUAUGAAAAGUACUGGUGAUGAUGGAAAAUUCGUGCGACUAAGAACUCGUAACAAUUUCAUUUUGUACCGCGCUGCGAACGAAUUUAUUGGUUAUAAUUAAUUACUAUUAUAAUUUUAAUUCAUCGAAUCUGAACAGUCAUUACUUGAUAAUAGAUUGGUAUUUCAAACUAUAUAUACUGUUGCAUUCGACAAAACAAACUCGACGUCGAUCGCAAAUUCUUUCGGAAUAGUUAAUUUGGCUUUCUUUUAUUUUAUAUCUUUUUUUAUAUUACGUAGUUUAUCAACAAAUAUUUUCGAAAAGGAAUAUGUUUAAGGGACAUUUUUAUGAAGGAAAAAGAAAUGU